CCAACAGUCUCAGAACACAAACUUCUCAGAAGCAGCUGGGCUUUACAUCACUGAGACAUGGGCUCUGAAGGGUUUCUGACUCCAUCACUUUGUCUUGCGAGCUAGAAGUACCUGUCUCAUGUGGGCAGCCCGCAGAUCAGAGCAUGACAGAGUUUCCAGAAUCAAAGAAAACUUGAGAUUGGACACUCUCAGCACCAUGACAACCUCACCCUCCAGCAGUGACUACAGUAGCACAGAGGACUCUAUUUCCCAAUGCAAAUCCAACCACAGCCUCUCAAUUGGCUACUACCCCUCUGAGAACACCUUUUCCUAUGAGGAUGUAGUCUCCCGUAAGGAGACAGCCUCUGUGGAUUCUUCAGUCCAUUUCCUCCCUCCUGUCCAAAGUAUCUGGGGAACAGAGAGUUUAAAGAGACUCUUCAGGAAACGAGAUCAGAUGGAGCACGAUCCACAGCAGUUCUGCAAGCUAAGCAUCACUCUAGCCUGGGACAUCGAUGUGGACUCAGCCCAUGAAGACUCUCUUGCUAAUCUGGAUCUAAAUGGCCAUAGCCAGUGGAUGGAUAAGUGGCCAGAAGACAAGACAAAACUGACUCCCUGCAAACUGGAUAGCCUAGUACAGAAACUUGAAACAUUUCUAGGAGAAGAAAAAGGUGGCCAGCAUGAUGGCUGUGUGCUCCCUGAAUGUACUCAGAAGGAAGACGUCCACUUCAACAGCACUACCCCUCCACAUACUGCUCAGGUCAGUCAUAAAGAACGUGAUGUUUGCCAAGACUUGCCCAAGCACAGAGCCCUGGAAAAUGAAGAUAUCUGUCAGGUCCUAAAGAACCCUCCAAGGUUACUGAAAGAUGAAGUUGUGCAGGAGAUAAAACAGGCAUCUUGGAGCUCCUUGGAGAACUCGCCCGCAUCAUCCCCUGAGCCGGACAGUGUUUCUCACUCACACAGCACAUCCUGUAUGAACCUUCGGUGGAUCUUCCACUGGCUGAGGACACAGAUCUUCUCCCGAUGGAGGAGAGAGCACCCACCUCAGCCUACCGCCAACUGGCACCAGAACACAGUGAGGAAGACUCACUCUCUUAGAGGCAACAGAAUCCAACCCCAAGAAUGACUCGAGAAUGAGUUCACCCGACAUCCCCAGAUUUUUAAACUUUUGAAUCCCCUUUUUCAACAAUUCCUAAGAGGUAUGUGUUCUCUCCACCUCACAGAUGAGGAAAUCAAGACCUGGAGUACAUAGUGGGCAUUUCCAAUCUUCACAUUCCUUCUGAACCAGCCACUUAUUACAACCAGGGAACAAGUGUACCUGAAGCAGUCUGGUAUCCUGGAUCAUCAAAACUGCUUUCUUGAUAUUGAACUCACAUCUAAGGAGUGGCUCCAAACAGUCUCAAUACCCACUGGAAGCACAACCUAAGCCAUCCCACCACGGUGGGAGGCUAGUGGGAUAUAUACUGCCUUCUUUAAAUGAGGGUUUGCAUAAUGAAAGAGUAAAACACACAGAAACAAAAUGGAACAGAAGGAGGCAAAAAGGAGGAGGGAAAGGGGAUGCUAUUCAUUUAGGAAGCAGCAUGCUACCUAAGUUUUCCAAGAGUUAUUUCAGCCUUCUGAAUUCAACAAGCAUAUUCAGCCUGAGUUAAAGUAAUUUGCUUGGAGAAGACACAUAUAACAGAGAUCUGUGUUUAUUGGGGUAAAGCCAUGGGGAUUGUUGAGCAGGGGUUCCCAUCCUCCCCCCCAAGUCCACAUCUCAUCUAUUCUGAAAGAAAAAAGCCCAAUUCAUUAGUAAGA